AAUAAUGUUAUUGUCUGUUCCUUCUGUUUUCUUUCGUCGGUAGUGCUGCUUCAUAUCUGGCUAUCGUGUCACUUCUGCAUAAUGCAGACUGCACACCACUACUCAAUUUUCAAACACUAACAAGCAAAAAGAUGGAAAAUGGCUCAAAGCAAUGGCGUUUCCAAGGAAGCAAAGGGCUGAACCCGGCGUCAGCAAUCAGUCUACGAGCUGUUCUGGAACUGGUAAUUGGAAAUCUCAGAAAAGAUGAUCCGAGACCCAUCAUUCCCCUUGGCAAUGGCGAUCCCUCACAAUUUCCAUGCUUUAGGACUUCCACAAUAGCGGAAGAUGCCAUAGUUGAUGCCCUCCAUUCAGCCAAGUAUAAUGGUUAUGCACCUCCUCUUGGAGUUCCAUCUGCCAGAAGGGCUAUUGCAGAUUAUCUCAAUCUUGACCUGCCAUACAAGUUAUCUCCGGAUGAUAUUUAUCUUGCAAGUGGAUGUGUACAAGCAAUUGAAGUUGCAUUGGCAGCCAUUGCCCGCCCUAGUACCAACAUUUUACUCCCAAGACCAGGCUUCACCUUCUAUGAAUCUCGUGCUGCACAUAACCAUCUUCAAGUCCGUCAUUUUAAUCUUCUUCCUGAUAAGGGUUGGGAGGUUGACCUUGAUGCCGUUGAAGCUCUUGCGGAUGAGAAGACUGUUGCCAUGGUUAUUAUAAACCCUGGCAAUCCUUGUGGAACUGUCUACAGUUAUGAACAUUUGAAAAGGGUUGCAGAGACAGCAAGAAAGCUUGGAAUUCUGGUAAUUGCUGAUGAAGUUUAUGGUCAUCUUACAUUUGGGAGCACUCCCUUUGCUCCAAUGGCAGUGUUUGGAUCAAUUGUGCCAGUCCUCACUCUUGGGUCUAUAUCAAAGAGAUGGAUCGUUCCUGGCUGGCGACUUGGUUGGCUUGUGACUAGUGAUCCUAAGGGCAUCCUUCGAAAGUCAGGGAUUGUGGACUCAAUUACAGACUAUCUCAAUAUCACUACUAAUCCUGCAACCUUCAUUCAGGGAGCAGUUCCCCACAUCUUGGAGAAUACAAAGGAUGAUUUCUUUUCGAAAAUCAUUGUUACCCUAAGAGAGGCUGCAGAGGUAUGCUAUAAUGGAAUUAAGGAGGUACCUUGCCUAAGUUGUGCAAAGAAACCAGAAGGGUCCAUGUUUGUAAUGGUGAAGCUGAACAUUUCCCUGUUGGAAGACAUUAACGAUGACAUGGAUUUUUGCAAGAAGCUAGCUAAAGAGGAGUCAGUCAUUAUUGUCCCAGCUGGGAUAGCUUUUGGAAUGAAGAAUUGGAUUCGCAUAACUUUUGCUUGUGAAAUCUCAACUCUUGAAGAAGGGCUUGGAAGGAUAAAAGCCUUUUACCAAAGGCAUGCUAAGAAACAAUAAAAUUUAUUUGGAGUCAAAGAGAUCGAUGGAAUGUCACAUGAAAUAACAUGCAUAGUGUAUUUCAUACUUCAUUCAGAUCGUUCCACUAGCUAGGUUUCCUUGAAUAUUACUACUAAAUUAUAUGUUCCCUAUGCUAGUAUUUGGGAUCCAUGAUGAGGAUCUUAUUACUAUGUUCAUGCCAUCAUUUUUGUGAUUUUCUUUUCUCCAAUGUAUCACAGCUCUUCAUGUUUGAUACCCUUUUGUUCUAUUAAUAUGAACUCUUUUUAGUCAAAGUUUUUCAA